AUCAACCGUCGUCGUUUGUUCUGUUAUUUGCAUUUCUUCCGUCUUAACCUUUGCUUCAGCCAAAAACCCUAGAGGAGUGGGUAUUGCUGGUUCAAGAGCGCCUAAGAAGAUUAACGAUCAGGUGAGUUGCCUCAUAACAGUGUCUAUCACAUUUCUUUUCCAAUGAUUCAUUUAUACUGUAAAACACUAGUUCGUUUUAGAUGCUCUUGUGUUUUACAUUCAACAGUCCAUAAAUUGUAUGCCCUUCAAACCCAUCCACUGUCUUCAUCUCUCAAAUCCAUCUCAACUUCCACUAAUCAACACUCAUUUACAGUCAAUUACCUCGUUAAUUCAUGUGGGUUAAGUCCAGAAACUGCUAUUUCAGCUUCCAAAGAAGUCAAUUUUAAAACCCUAGACAAACCAGAUUCAUUUCUCAACUUCUUCAAGAACCAUGAUUUCAGCAAAACCAAGAUCUCAGCUCUCAUCAGAGUACGCCCAAAACUUCUCUUAUCGGAUCCCAAGAAGACCCUCUUGCCCAAAUUCGAGUUCUUUUACUCCAUUGGCAUUUCCAGCACUGAGCUCGCGAAGGUAUUAUCCAUUUCCCCAAUUGUAUUGACACGAAGCUUGGAGAACCAAAUCAUACCAUCUUUCAAUUUGUUGAAGAAUUUAUUUCAGUCAGAUGAUAAGUUUGUCACGGCCUUUAAGCGGUUUCCUGAUAUUCUAGGAAGUGAUCACAGUGCAUUUCCCAACAUUGAAAUUUUGAGACAACAUGGCGUGCCAGAAUCGAAUAUUUUGUACUUACUUACUUAUCAUCCUAGGUCAUUGGCGAUGAAGCAUGAUAGAUUCAAUGAGUUAGUGGAGGAUGUUAAGAAAAUGGGUUUCAACCCUUCAAGCUUCCAGUUUGUCUUAGCGGUUCAGGCAUUGAUUUCAAUGAGCAAAUCAACAUGGAAAAGGAAGAUGGAGGUUUAUGAGAAGUGGGGUUGGUCUGAGGAAGAAACAAUGAGUGCGUUUAGAAGAACACCAGGGUGUAUGACGGUAUCUGAGGAGAUGAUAAUGGCAAAGCUGAAUUUUUAUGUCAACACAAUGGGUUGGGAGUCUUCCCUAAUUGCCCGUCGUUCAGAAUUAAUGACAAUGAGCUUGGAGAGUUCGUUCCUCAAGAAGUUUGUGACGUGUUAUGAGGAAGCUCCUCAGUUGUUGAAACUAUAUCAAGAAAAAUUGGACGCUUCAAAAUUACACGGUCAUAAUUAUGAAGGUAACAGUGGAACAUACCAGUUGUAGAAUAUCUACUUCUUAACUAGAGUGGCUUGCACAUCCCUGUUCAUUUACUUGCUCGCCAUUUCCACCCUCACACCACCACCUUUUCGAAUUAGUUCUUUAUCAACAAUUUAUUUUUUUUUAUUUUUUUAUUUUUUUUUCCCCCUGAUUUUCAUGAUCUUAAUUCAAUUUUUUUGGCAAGUAUUUAUUCGACUUUGUUACAAAAUACUUAGAGAAUUUGUGCAGCUUUAAUAUAUCAUUCAUUAAUCA